CCUUAUCCGUCCCGUCCCUUCCCUUCCCUAUCAAGUGCUUCAUCAAAUUCAUUACUAGCACACCCAUCACCACACACAACACGACUCCACUCCCUCGCUCCCUCUCACUCCACUUUCCAUUAGCAUCCUUCGCAUUCUGCUUCCCGAUUAUCCUUUCCAAACCGAAAAGAAAAGAAAAGCAAUUUACUCGAAAAAAGAAAUAGGGAACAGCCGGAACAGGAGGAGAGGACGCUAUUUUCGUCGCUGCCCGAUAGUCAUCACCCAAAACGCAUUACUGUAAAGCUCCAUUUUAUGCACGAAAGUACCCUUGUGAGUUGAGCUACAACAAGAGCAACAGCAGCAAACAUUCCCCUGUCCAGUCAACAGAUGGCUACGUCACUUGGUGCUUCCUCACCAAACUGCAAUUUGAAAUCUCCAUUCACUGGAAUGCGUGUACCCCGUAUUGCUGUUGUGGGUUAUCAACAUGCUAAGUUUGUGACAAGGAGGACAAUUGUGGAAUGCAAAGACUCAAGAAUUGGAAAGCAGCUGAUUGAAGUACCUUCAAAUGUUACCUUAACAGUUGAUGGCCAAGAUUUGAAAGUCAAGGGUCCUCUUGGGGAGCUUGCUCUUACUUAUCCGAAAGAGAUAUUGCUCCAGAGGGAUGACUCUGGUCUUAGAGUCAGAAAGUCAAUAGAGACUAGAAGAGCCAAUCAAAUGCAUGGUUUAUUCAGGACUCUUACUAACAACAUGGUGGUAGGUGUGUCAAAAGGAUUUGAGAAAAGGCUUCAAUUGGUAGGUGUGGGUUAUCGUGCAACAAUUGAAGGAAAAGAUAUAGUACUUAGUCUUGGAUUCUCUCAUCCAGUCAGGAUGACAAUCCCGGAUGGCCUGCAAGUGAAAGUUGAAGAUAAUACCAGAAUUAUUGUUGGUGGUUUUGACAAAUCUGCUAUUGGUCAAUUUGCUGCUUCAAUUAGGAAAUGGAGGCCGCCAGAGCCAUAUAAAGGUAAGGGUGUAAAAUAUGCUGACGAGGUAAUAAGAAGGAAGGAAGGUAAAGCAGGGAAGAAAAAGUGAUAAAUUGUAUCAUUUGACUCAUUGCUUCUUUUUUUUUUUUUUUGUGUGUAAAUGGGAGAAGUCGAACCCAAGGCCGUAUCAUUUGCCCCAAUGCUUACAAUUGUUUGCAGGUAGAUCCAUUUUGCAGCGCUAGUUCUAAAUCGCAAUUCAGAUAUUCAGUUAGUUAAGUUUUCCUCUGUAAUUGAGUGCGGCAGUAAACCCUACUAUGGUGUUCAA